AUGGCCUUCUGCCUUCCCGCCCCUCACUCCGGGAAAAUAAGGGUCUACAGCAUGAGGUUUUGUCCUUAUGCUGAGAGGACGAGAUUAGUUCUGCAUCACAAGAACAUUGAACACGAGGUAGUGAACAUUGACCCGCUGCAGAAGCCAUCUUGGUUCUGGGACAGGAACCCGAACGGCUCUGUACCUAUCUUCGAACUGGACGACAAAGUGAUCUAUGAGUCCCUGAUCUGCUCUGACUACGUGGAUGAAGCGUACCCCAACAACAAACUGACCCCCUCAGACCCGUACAGGAGAGCCCAGGACAGGAUCAUUGUGGAACUGUUUUCAAAGGUAGGGACCUUCUUUUUCAAGAUAGCUUAUGGUAAAGAGGUCCCAAAGGAAGCUUUACGGGAUUCCAUGGGAUCUCUCGAUCUGAUUGAGAAAGCUCUUGCAAAAGAGGGGACCCCGUUCUUUGGUGGCAGCGCUGUCCAGAUGGUUGACCUAAUGCUGUGGCCCCACGCUGAAAGGUUUGAUGCCAUGACCCAGUUAGUGAAAGAAGCGAGUGUGCCAGCAGAUCGCUACCCGAAGUUUACCAAGUGGAUCAAAAACAUGGGGACGGUACCAGCUGUACAGAAAUGUCGCUGGGAUACACCGUCACAUGUCCUUUUCAUAGAAACAGUUAAAUCUGGAAAACCAGACUAUGACGUCGGACUUUGAAUUUGAAUCAGUAGUUUCACAGAACUGCCAAAUGACCACAUAAUAUAGCUGUUGUUCCUGCACAUAUGGACAUGCCUUUCUGGAGUGUGUAGC